UGGAUGUCCUGGACAAGUUGAAUAUUGCGGACUGGAGCACAUCAAAGCCGAUUUUGGCGCAGAUCAGAUCAGCAAGCUCCCACGUGCGUUUAUCUGCGUCCAAAUCCUACCUGCUCCUAGGAAUGCAGAAAGACCUUGCGAUGUCAAUUUCCGAGUGGAUGGUAUCGCGAGGCGCACGGCAUGUGGUGUUUGCCGGCACCGCCUGUGAUAUCAAUUUUGAUAAAGGGUGGGUAGAGGAUAUGGCUACCAAUGGAGCCGGUAUUCAUUGCUUGACAACCGAUAUCUCAAACCGGCAGUCCGUACUGCUUUUAGAGCGUUUCACUCGUGCACUUCCUCCAGUGGGAGGAAUGAUAUAUGGUGCUCUGGCCCAGCUUCCGCCUGACAACAUCGUCCCAAUGACUCCUCAAAAUGGAUAUUCGAGCCCCAUAACAUAUCUGUUGGAAAUUAGUAUCAUGCUGGACGAACUGUAUAAUCACCCGAGUAUGGAAUUUUUCAUCUUUGUUGGCAGUCUUUCUGGUCAUUUCGGUCAUUCAAACAUGGUAAACUGCGCUGCUGCGUCGGAGUUCUCCUCCGCUCUGAUUCACCAGCGCCGUUCUCGGGGCUUCUGUGGAAGUAUCGUCUUUGUCUCACAGAUCAGCGACCCCAAAUCCGAAUCUAAGUUUCCUGGCCAGAAGUCCCUGUCCGAGCAUGAUUGGGAUGAGGUAUUUGCAGAGGCUAUCUUGGCUGGCGAUCCUGAGUCUACUGAGAAUUUCGAGAUCACUGCCGGUCUACGGCCCAUCAAGCCGGAACACCCGGAGAUGUCCUGGAAUCGGAUGCCUAAGAUGUGGAAUUUCGUCCAUCAUCAUGAGGAGUCCAAUGUUGUUUUACCUAGCAGCAGUGUGGUCAUUACCAUGAGCGUUCUCCUGGAAAGAGCAACCAGUCAGGAAGAGGUCACCGAGAUCAUCACCUCGCACCUUCUCGCACAGCUGCGUACCAAAUUGGGUCUGUCUAUGGAAGCGGUCCUUGUGCCAGAGACUCAGCUGAGUGAACUGGGCGUAGACUCGUUGAUGGCUGCCGAUUUGCGGACAUGGUUCCUAAAAAAACUAGGUGUUGAUAUACCCAUUCUUUUAAUGCUGAGCGGAUCAUCCAUCCAGGUAAUUGCCAGUAGUGCAGCCGACAAACUGGAUCCAAACACGAUACCGCAUGUGAAUUAA